GAGUGCAAUCGAGUCUUCUUUGGAAGAAAAAAAUGCAAGGCUCAACAUUCCUUGUGGUAAGAGGGCCAAAAUCCCAAUAACAACGCUUUUUGCACAAUGGACCUUUAUCAUAUAUCCAAACAUUUACCUCUCUAUACCAUUGUGCGACGACGCGACGCCUAGGGCGAAUGCAUAUUCUCUUUCCCACUCAUUUCUAUCUCAAGUAUUGCUUAUCUGGUUGUCUAAAGUUCGUCUGUUGGAAUGAGAUUGUUGACAUCUUUGUACUACGGAACGCUGAGUCGUGUUGUUCCUUUCAACCAGUAACGUGAGGUGAAGACGCACCCGGCCAUUGUCUUUCGUCAGUAAGUGAAAUUAAGCAGUUCCGCAAAAUAUAGUGAAAUCUUUCAUGGUGCAGAUACUAAACUUUGCCUUCAAUCGAAGGUAACUAGACUUUUAAUGAAAGUUGAAAAACGGGUGUCCAUGCCAUUUUUUCUUUUACGCUGUAAAAUUCUCGAUCCGUGCUUGACAACGUCUCAGCCAUGAGUCAAAACCUUCAAGAAAUCCAGAUUACAGACAACUCGAGCUGGUCUGCUGAUGAGACGAUUGCUGCUAUCAAAAUCAAGAGCGUGACCGUCCGAGAAUACAUCUCGAGUGUCUUGAACCGUGCAGAAAAGACCAAAUCAUUGAACGCUUUCAUCAACUUGCUACCUGACUACGCUCUGUCCACUGCGGACAAAAUAGACAGCGCCAUAGCUGCCGGUAAUCCACCACCUCUUGCCGGUCUGGCGAUCGUCGUCAAAGACAACAUCAACUUGGCCGGAUUUCCCACGACUGCCGGAACAGCCGCUCUGCAGCACCACCGGCCGUCCACAACAGCACCCAGCCUCGAGAAACUCAUCGCCGCUGGGGCAAUAGUAAUCGGAAAGACGAACUUGCACGAGCUAUCAUUCGGGGUCACCAGCACAAACCUCCAACCAUUCGCCGGCCCAGCACGGAAUCCAUACGACAAACACAGAAUUCCUGGUGGAUCCUCAGGUGGUACAGCUGUGGCAAUCGCCGCUCGGGUGGUCACUUGUGGACUGGGCACGGACACAGCUGGCUCUGUGAGAAUCCCAGCAGCUUUGACUGGUAUCGUCGGUUAUCGUCCAUCUGUAGGAAACGGAGGCAGCCAGCGCCGAUACAACGACGACAGAACCGUUGUGCCCAUCAGCCCCACUUGCGACACGAUCGGACCCAUGGGGCGAAGUGUCGCAGAUAUAACAUUACUGGAUUCCAUCAUCACAGGUCGAUCGCGCGUUGAAAUAACUGAUCUGCAUGGUCUACGUAUCGGGGCGCCCACCGGACUGUGGUCCGAACUUGAUGAAGAAGUUCAGAAAUCUGCCUUGGAAGCUAUCCAGAGGCUUCGCGAAGCUGGUGUGAUCUUAGUUCGCGACGACAUUCCUGAGCUUUUGGCAUUGAAUAAGGCUGUAGCGAAUGUAAUUUUCUUUCAUGAAAUUUUGACGGCCAUUCCUGAUUAUUUGACAACGUCGAACGUUAGGGGUAUUGAUUUAAAGGAUAUUGUCAACGAAAUCGCUAGUCCAGAUGUAAAAGCUAUAUUCGAAACGAGUAUUUUAAAUGGUGGUCACGAAAAAACAUAUAGGGAUGUUAUGAAAGACAGUCGCCCUGCUCUGCAGCAAUUAUAUGCCGAUUACUUCUCUCAAAAGCAAGUUGAGGCCAUUAUAUUUCCGACGACAAUUUUUCCCGCGGCACGGAUGGAUCAGUUUCAAAGUUUUGGCGACGAUUCUAUCGACGAAAGUCUUGCUAUUAGCACCCUCGAACUUUUUAACAGAAAUACAUGUCCUGCUGGGACCGCUGGCUUACCCGGUUUGAGUAUUCCGGUGGGGCUGACGUCAAAUGGCCUGCCAAUCGGUAUCGAGAUCAAUGGUCCUAUUGGCAGUGAUGAUCGCCUUCUCGCUAUUGGACUUGCUGCAGAAAAGAUCUUAGGUUCCCUUCCACCACCGGAAAUUUGUUAGCUUUUUAUGUAAAACUGUCAGAAACAUUGGUAAUAAAGUAAAACAGGUUAAAUCAAAUACGCGUGUUUGAUUGUAAAAAAUUGAUCUUAUUACAAAAAAAUAUUUUGUCUAUAGAACGAUUUUCGGCUCCCUACCAGCUCCGAAGUUGUUUUAGUACU